UAUUGAUACCUGCCGCAAGUAGGCCUCACUGUAUGAGCUAUACAAAAACGUAAGGCAAAUGCCGUCAUAGCUACGUAUAGUCAAGCUAUUCCAUUGGAAAGUAUUUUUAGCCUCGAGAGAAGGGCGCACAUCACGGGGAAGAGAAGCAGCCCGUCCGACCGCAGACUGGGAAGUAGCCUCGGCGAUGUUGUGGCUUUGAAGAUGAGGAGGAAUGUUUAUUUUUUGACUCAACGAUUGUUGCCACGAAUGUGUUUUGUUGGCGAAUUGUUUUCAUGAUCUAUGAAAUUGUGAUCGAAGGACUUAUGGUUCGGAGCUGCGUUUUACACCCGAAAGAGAUCUGAUUUUUGACAGGACAGGCCGGCAGAGCAUCCGCUGAUCGAGAGGUUGUCGACGCCUCCACUUCCCUUUUGUCUCCACCAUGCUGCCCAGUUUGCAGAGAGUCCUGCGGCCCGCCCUCAUUCUGAGGUCGGGGAACAUGUUGGGAAGAGUCCGCGGGUCAAACCUCGCUCCGCUACGCCAGCCUGUACCGAUGCUACCCAGCCAGCAGAGCUGCGACUUGGGCACACACCCUCACAAGGAUCCGAUGGAGCCCUUGAACUCGCCUCAAGGAGCCAAGGAUUUUAUUUAUAGUCUUCAUCCCACCGAACGCACAACCCUGCUUAGAGAACUGCACCGGUUUGAGUCGAUAGCAAUAGCUCAAGGGGAAAUGGUCAUCGCCCCUCCCACAUCGGCUCAGCUGAGAUACGUUCUUCUACACAACGCCAUUCCUUUUGUAGGGUUUGGUUUCCUGGACAAUGCCAUCAUGAUUGUAGCUGGCACGCAGAUUGAGUUGUCCAUAGGUGUGAUCCUUGGGAUUUCAACCAUGGCAGCUGCUGCGCUGGGGAACCUUGUGUCGGACCUGGCUGGACUCGGCCUUGCAGGUUACGUGGAAGCCCUGGCCUGUCGUUGUGGGUUGGUGGGCCCUGAUCUGAAUCCCAAACAGGCUGACAUGUGGCAGACCAGAGUUAGCACCCACAGUGGUAAAGCCAUCGGAGUUGCCAUCGGCUGCAUCUUAGGGAUGUUCCCGCUACUCUUCUUCAAAGAUGAGACGAAGAAGAAAGCGGCGGAAAGGGAGGGUGCAGAAGGAUCACUAACCUCCAUCUCCACUGGCAGCAGCAGCAGUAAUUGAGACAACUUGACCGAAAGACUUACCUUCUCGGGAAGAGAGAGAGAGAACUUAUCGUUGGACUACCGCUACUUCACAACCUAACUACUGCAUAAUGAAUAACCUCAAUCAAGCGUGACUACUUGAUGUCAAUUGUUGAUGUCAAUGUCUUAAAUAGUUCCUACUGCAACGUUCAAAAGCAGUAUGAAGAAAAAAACAACAACGAUGAUAAAUACAAGUGGACCACUCUUCCAACCACGUUUUCUGCUGCUUCUUUGGGUUGUUUAGUUUUGUUUUGUUUUGUUUUUUGAGUUGGUGCAACUUUUCCAUUUUGAGUUUGGUGUAACUUCAAAUCAAAUCAAAUUUUAUUUGAACUUAGUCCUAAUCAGAGGUGGCCAGGAUGGAUUUCUGGUGGACUCCACUCAAUUCAGUUCAAUUGAACUGUAAUAUCUCUCAACGGGGGGAUAUUCCUACAACAUCUGGUGUACGUAAUCAACAUGCUGUGGGGCUGUUGUCUCUUUAGAUUAAAGGACCGUGUGAGGAGAGGACAAGGCCAGCUGCUAUAGCUAGAUAACACAUUUACAGAAACUAUUCAGUCUUCAGUUAGUAUACUGAGGUUGGACCUUUCCUACUGGAUUUCAUUGGGGCGGCAGGUAGCCUAGUGGUUAGAGUGUAGGGACGGCAGGUAGCCUAGUGGUUAGAGUGUAGGGACGGCAGGUAGCCUAGUGGUUAGAGUGUAGGGACGGCAGGUAGCCUAGUGGUUAGAGUGUAGGGGCGGCAGGUAGCCUAGUGGUUACAGUGUAGGGGCGGCAGGUAGCCUAGUGGUUAGAGUGUAGGGACGGCAGGUAGCCUAGUGGUUAGAGUGUAGGGGCGGCAGGUAGCCUAGUGGUUACAGUGUAGGGGCGGCAGGUAGCCUAGUGGUUACAGUGUAGGGACGGCAGGUAGCCUAGUGGUUAGAGUGUAGGGACGGCAGGUAGCCUAGUGGUUAGAGUGUAGGGACGGCAGGUAGCCUAGUGGUUAGAGUGUAGGGACGGCAGGUAGCCUAGUGGUUAGAGUGUAGGGGCGGCAGGUAGCCUAGUGGUUAGAGUGUAGGGACGGCAGGUAGCCUAGUGGUUAGAGUGUAGGGGCGGCAGGUAGCCUAGUGGUUAGAGUGUAGGGGCGGCAGGUAGUCUAGUGGUUAGAGUGUAGGGACGGCAGGUAGCCUAGUGGUUAGAGUGUAGGGGCAGCAGGUAGCCUAGUGGUUAGAGUGUAGGGGCGGCAGGUAGCCUAGUGGUUAGAGUGUAGGGACGGCAGGUAGCCUAGUGGUUAGAGUGUAGGGACGGCAGGUAGCCUAGUGGUUAGAGUGGAGGGGCAGGCAGGUAGCCUAGUGGUUAGAGUGUAGGGACGGCAGGUAGCCUAGUGGUUAGAGUGUAGGGACGGCAGGUAGCCUAGUGGUUAGAGUGGAGGGGCAGGCAGGUAGCCUAGUGGUUAGAGUGUAGGGACGGCAGGUAGCCUAGUGGUUACAGUGUAGGGACGGCAGGUAGCCUAGUGGUUACGGUGUAGGGGCGGCAGGUAGCCUAGUGGUUACAGUGUAGGGGCGGCAGGUAGCCUAGUGGUUAGAGUGUAGGGACGGCAGGUAGCCUAGUGGUUACAGUGUAGGGGCGGCAGGUAGCCUAGUGGUUAGAGUGUAGGGGCGGCAGGUAGCCUAGUGGUUAGAGUGUAGGGGCGUCAGGUAACCUAGUGGUUAGAGUGUAGGGGCAGCAGGUAGCCUAGUGGUUAGAGUGUAGGGACGGCAGGUAGCCUAGUGGUUAGAGCGUUGGAUUAAUAAACGAACGGUUGCCAGAUCAAAUCCCUGAGCUGACAAGGUAAAAAAUCUGUUGUUCUGCCCCUGAACAAUGCAGUUAAACAUCACUUUUCCAAGGCCGUCAUUGAAUAUAAGAAUUUGUUCUUAACUGCCUUGCCUUGUUAAAUAAAACAUAAAUACAAUUCCACCUGACUUUCCACUAGCGCUGCACUACAGAGCUGAAAUGUGACACGGUUCUUCUAGCAGCUUCUUCUAACGCUGACUUCAAGUCACCCACAAAUCACUCUGUGGUGUUUGAGAGUAUCCAGCCCUUUGUUUUGGAGGAUUUCGUGUUUGAGUUUGAGAUGAGGAAUUUGAGUAACUCUAGGGAGCCUGUGUAACUUGGGAGAGAUUUAUAUUACUUGUCACUUUUAGAUGUUUUGGGACAGUGUACCCCUCCCGGAGACCCCGUCUUCACUCAGUCAAUGAGACCAGAUUUGGAAGUCCCAUGAGACUAGGGUUGUAUGGAUACCAGGGGUCAGAUUUGGAAGGAUGGUCCCAUGAGACUAGGGUUGUAUGGAUACCAGGGGUCAGAUUUGGAAGGAUGGUCCCAUGAGACUAGGGUUGUAUGGAUACCAGGGGUCAGAUUUGGAAGGAUGGUCCCAUGAGACUAGGGUUGUAUGGAUACCAGGGGUCAGAUUUGGAAGGAUGGUCCCAUGAGACUAGGGUUGUAUGGAUACCAGGGGUCAGAUUUGGAAGGAUGGUCCCAUGAGACUAGGGUUGUAUGGAUACCAGGGGUCAGAUUUGGAAGGAUGGUCCCAUGAGACUAGGGUUGUAUGGAUACCAGGGGUCAGAUUUGGAAGGAUGGUCCCAUGAGACUAGGGUUGUAUGGAUACCAGGGGUCAGAUUUGGAAGGAUGGUCCCAUGAGACUAGGGUUGUAUGGAUACCAGGGGUCAGAUUUGGAAGGAUGGUCCCAUGAGACUAGGGUUGUAUGGAUACCAGGGGUCAGAUUUGGAAGGAUGGUCCCAUGAGACUAGGGUUGUAUGGAUACCAGGGGUCAGAUUUGGAAGGAUGGUCCCAUGAGACUAGGGUUGUAUGGAUACCAGGGGUCAGAUUUGGAAGGAUGGUCCCAUGAGACUAGGGUUGUAUGGAUACCAGGGGUCAGAUUUGGAAGGAUGGUCCCAUGAGACUAGGGUUGUAUGGAUACCAGGGGUCAGAUUUGGAAGGAUGGUCCCAUGAGACUAGGGUUGUAUGGAUACCAGGGGUCAGAUUUGGAAGGAUGGUCCCAUGAGACUAGGGUUGUAUGGAUACCAGGGGUCAGAUUUAGAAGGAUGGUCCCAUGAGACUAGGGUUGUAUGGAUACCAGGGGUCAGAUUUGGAAGGAUGGUCCCAUGAGACUAGGGUUGUAUGGAUACCAGGGGUCAGAUUUAGAAGGAUGGUCCCAUGAUACUAGGGUUGUAUGGAUACCAGGGGUCAGAUUUGGAAGGAUGGUCCCAUGAGACUAGGGUUGUAUGGAUACCAGGGGUCAGGGGAGUCACUCAUUCCAUGGCCCAGUGUCAGCUGGUUUUUAACACCAAUUAAGAGGGAGGUGAGGGGAGUUCCUAACCAAUUAAGAGGGAGACAACCAGGUGAGGGGAGUUCCUAACCAAUUAAGACCUAGACAACCAGGUGAGGGGAGUUCCUAAUUAAUUACGACCUAGACAACCAGAUGAGGGGAGUUCCUAACCAAUUAAGACCAAGACAACCAGGUGAAGGGAGUUCCUAACCAAUUAAGACCUCGACAACCAGGUGAGGGGAGUUCCUAACUAAUUAAGACCUAGACAACCAGGUGAAGGGAGUUCCUAACCAAUUAAGACCUCGACAACCAGGUGAGGGGAGUUCCUAACUAACCAAUGAAGACCUAGACAACCAGGUGAGGAAGGGAGUUCCUAACUAACCAAUGAAGACCUAGACAACCAGGCGAGGGGAGUUCCUAACUAACCAAUGAAGACCUAGACAACCAGGUGAGGAGGGGAGUUCCUAACUAACCAAUGACGACCUAGACAACCAGGUGAGGAGGGGAGUUCCUAACUAACCAAUGAAGACCUAGACAACCAGGCGAGGGGAGUUCCUAACUAACCAAUGAAGACUCGGACAACCAGGCGAGGGGAGUUCCUAACUAACCAAUGAAGACCUAGACAACCAGGUGAGGAGGGGAGUUCCUAACUAACCAAUGAAGACCUAGACAACCAGGUGAGGAGGGGAGUUCCUAACUAACCAAUGAAGACCUAGACAACCAGGCGAGGGGAGUUCCUAACUAACCAAUGAAGACCUAGACAACCAGGUGAGGAGGGGAGUUCCUAACUAACCAAUGAAGACCUAGACAACCAGCUGAGGAGGGUAGUUCCUAACUAACCAAUGAAGACCUAGACAACCAGGUGAGGAGGGGAGUUCCUAACCAAUGACGACCUAGACUAACAGCUGAGGAGGGUAGUUCCUAACUAACCAAUGACGACCUAGACAACCAGGUGAGGAGGGGAGUUUCUAACUAAUCAGUGACCUUACUCGAUCAAUCAAGUACAAACGAGGAACAAAAACCCGCAGAUACUCGGCCCAUAGACAUAUAAAGGAACGAGUCUGACACCUGUGGUACAGGUGGACAGCUUUAUUGAGUGCUGGGCAUAUAAUCCUACCACCAGAGGGCGUUGUGGAGCCAACUCACCCCAAGCAUGACUGUCUGUGUGCAUUAUCCACAUGGCUUGGCUAUUGGUUGUGGAAACUCUCAUCUUCACAUGCAUAAGCCUUUAGUCUAGUCUCUUAUCUGGAUAUUGAGCAGUAUAUGGAAAGCAAGCCUACUCACAGCCUCUAGAACUCUGUUGAGUAGCAGUACAGUCCCAAGAACCUCCACUACAGUCCCAGUAACCUCCACUACAGUCCCAGUAACCUCCACUAGCAGUACAGUCCCAGUAACCUCCACUACAGUCCCAGUAACCUCCACUAGCAGUACAGUCCCAGUAACCUCCACUACAGUCCCAGUAACCUCCACUACAGUCCCAGUAACCUCCACUACAGUCCCAGUAACCUCCACUAACAGUACAGUCCCAGUAACCUCCACUAACAGUACAGUCCCAGUAAACUCCACUACAGUCCCAGUAACCUCCACUACAGUCCCAGUAACCUCCACUACAGUACAGUCCCAGUAACCUCCACUACAGUCCCAGUAACCUCCACUAGCAGUACAGACCCAGUAACCUCCACUAGCAGUACAUUCCCAGUAACCUCCACUAACAGUACAUUCCCAGUAACCUCCACUACAGUCCCCAGUAACCUCCACUAGCAGUACAGUCCCAGUAACCUCCACUACAGUCCCAGUAACCUCCACUAGCAGUACAGUCCCAGUAACCUCCACUACAGUCCCAGUAACCUCCACUACAGUCCCAGUAAUCUCCACUACAGUCCCAGUAACCUCCACUAGCAGUACAGUCCCAGUAACCUCCACUACAGUCCCAGUAACCUCCACUACAGUCCCAGUAACCUCCACUACAGUACCAGUAACCUCCACUAGCAGUACAGUCCCAGUAACCUCCACUAGCAGUACAGUCCCAGUAACCUCCACUACAGUCCCAGUAACCUCCACUAACAGUACAGUCCCAGUAACCUCCACUAGCAGUACAGUCCCAGUAACCUCCACUACAGUCCCAGUAACCUCCACUAGCAGUACAGUCCCAGUAACCUCCACUAUAGUCCCAGUAACCUCCACUACAGU